AUUAACCGAUAGCGACUGCCGUCCUUUAAUGCUUUACGAACGGUUAUAUCGUUGGCUCAGUUCCAUGUCUCACAGUUUCGGUGUUGCUCUGCAUAAUAGGGACCACCAGCUGUUUGAAAAAUUUUCAUUGUUAUUGCAGAAAAUUAUAAUUUUAAAGGUGAAAAACAGUCUAAUUAAAAGCCUACCAAUGGCUGGACUCAUUCGAAUAUCAGCCCUGGGUCGGGAUGCGCAGGUUGGAGAUCUCUAUAACUACCUCACCGACGUCAUUGUGCCAAGUGGGAUCGACGUGCCGAACGAACUCAAAACGAUUUCGGAAACUGCGGGAAAACCGAAGGGCUUGUUCAUCUACCAGCAACCUGAAAAAUCCAAACGUCAUUUGCUGGGUAUCAACUCUCAUCUACUUGAGAAUAUGAAGCGAGGGUCUGUGCCAGGUCACCAACUUUGGUUCGCCGAUUACCUAAAUACAAACACGAUGGAUGGUGAUGAACGACAUGCGUAAGUCACUCUUUUGUUUCGAGCAGUGCAGAGAACCGAAACUCUGGAUUUGGAUUUUCUGCGAUCGAAAAUAGACGACUAUCAGCUUAGAAGUUCUGCCGCGGGAGCAACGCAUGUGAUUGAUGAGGUCGUCUACGGUGCGGAGGUGAUUUGUUCAAUGCGCAAAGUGUUAGAUUUGUCACAAGAAACAAAGAAAAGCGCUGAAGUGAGUAUUUACUUGGCGGUUAAAGAAUAUUUGGAUGUGACAAUUCUGAAAUCGUUCAAUCUACUGGAAUUGCCAGUCGAACUGGACCAAAUCUCCUGUACGGUUUUGAGUAGUAUCGAAUCUGGUGAAAAGAUUAAAAUGGAUUUUAACUCAUUCAAUCUCUACUUGCAAAAUCUGCUGAAUACGGACAACAAUCGACAGAAGUGGAAACCUUUGGAAUUUCUUCUGCGAAAUAUGUCUGCUGCUCAUAUCGAAGCCAAACUGUGGUCAGAGAGAAAUGAUGAUGUCGCACUGGAGAAAGCGCACCAUCAAGUCACCAGAAAAUGGAUAAUUAAAGAAAUGCGGGACAUUUUUAUCGAUCCUUCUCUUCAACGUUUUCCUUUGCUCGAAAAAUUUAUUUGGUACUUCAAUGAUUUGCUGCCCCGUGUUUGGGAUAAAAUCGAGGAAGCCUACAAGACAUUUGAGAUGUUACCCGAAGAAAGGGCUUUAGAAGAAAUGAUGUACAUUUCAGAUUGGCUCAAGGAAAUAAUCGACUUGUUUGCCUGUAUGCGAAAGAAUAUCCGAGAAAUUAGUUGGCUUUUGAAAGACACCGAUUUAGUUCUGCUGGAUAAGAAAGAAAUCGUAGCUCAAAUGACGAAGACUUAUUGCAAAAUCGCCAAACUAUUCGUCUUGAACAUUGAAUACAAACAUCUCCCCAUCGUGAAUGACCUAGAGAAAUUUGUUGGUCAACGAGCUCCGACUGCUUUGCUGCCUGUUUUGCCGAUUUUCUCGUACGAGAAGGAGCAAAUCGGAUGCGUUCGUACUGCGAUAAGCGAAUUCGCAAACGUGGCAAAACUGGCCAGAGGCCGGGGUUCAAUGAAUGGCAUGAGCUACCACAUAGGAUUUUACUCUCCGACGUUGAACGAUGCAGCUGUAGUAACUGUAGACUUUUCUAAUGAAUGGCGGAUGGUUAUCUCAGUGGAUAAUCCAGUCGGAUACUUGAAAGAGCCCCGAUUGCUUGCCAGAAGUUUUUCUGUUUCUUCUUCUUUGCCUCCUCCUUUGACUCCGACCGUUGUUUCAAAUCAAAAUCAAGAAUUGAAGACGGACAAGGCUUCUGAGUGUAUCAACCCGAACACCCAUUUUGCUGAAAAUCCCACAGCCAAAUUGAAGGACAACUUCGAUGUAGAUACCAGAUUUGCAGCAACAGACUCAACGAAAACAAAGUCGUUGAUGCAGCAAUCGCAUCAGUCGGCAGCAACGGCCGUCAGCCUGAAUGACCAGAUCGUAGUCAGAUCCAAGGCAAAGCGGCUAAGUUUACAGAUUGGCAAACUCAACUUGGGUGAUGCAAAAGCAAAAGAGUUAUGGACACUCGUGGACGCUCAAUUUAAGAAGAAUUUCAACGACGGUAGAAGCACGGCACAAAAUUCAAGAAUCAGCAAGCCAAGGAGUUGUACUAACAAGCGUUACACCAAAACACAUGCAAUAUCUUCUUCUGAAAAAGUGUGGAGGACUCGACAUCAGGAAAGGAGCGAUGAAAUCGUAGAUGGCAGAGGUAAUGCCAAAGUCGACGAAGUUGGGGAAGUCGAUCCUAACGAGGACCAAAAUUACAGGCGGACGUCCCAAAGAAACACGGAGCUUCAUGAAAAUCGAAGAAUUGCUGAGGUUUACAUUGACGAAGGCAGUUUGUACAGCAAACUAAUAAGAAGGGGACCGCCAAAUAUUUAUUUGCUGAAUGCGAUAGAAAAAUCAUAUGACAACGACUUCAAAUGGUUCGACAUUUGCCGUCCCGGCGACCCUAUUCGGUCGCGCAAUCCGAAGAACCACAAAUGCAUCAUUUUGAUGGGUGCGACUGGAUCUGGCAAAAGCACCCUAAUCCAUGGCAUGAUUAAUUACAUCUUGGAAGUCCAAUGGAACGAUCCGUUUCGUUUCAAGUGCGUCCACGAAGACGAAAUCGCGGCCAGGAACCAGGCGCACAGUCAAACGAGUUCUGUAACGGCCUACACUCUCCACCAUCAAGAAGGAAUGACCAUUCCGUAUUCCAUCACCAUCAUCGAUACGCCUGGCUAUGGGGAUACAGGUGGAGUAGAAAAGGACAAGGAAAUAACGGCCAAAAUCCAUCGUUUUCUAACUCAACAAGAAAUUCCAAUCGAUGAAAUUCACGCCGCUUGUUUUGUGGCCGCUUCGGGUGAUAGUCGACUGACGGCCACCCAACGUUACAUCAUUGACUCUGUGCUGUCCAUCUUUGGUAACGACGUGAAAGAGAACCUUCGAUUAUUGGUGACAUUUGCAGACAAUGCCGAUCCUCCCGUCGUCGGUGCUUGUCUUUCUGCCAAUUUUCCUACGACAUCCGCAUCGGACGGCAUCGCCUACAGCAAAUUUAACAUCUCAGUUCUCUAUUGUUCCAAUGCGAAACAGGGAGAUGACGAAUUUAGUUUUGACGAAUUAUUCUGGUUCAUGAGUCAUGAAAAUUUUAAGAAAUUUUUCGUCAUGUUGGAAACAAUGAAGAGUAUAAGGGCGAUUUGAAGUCGAUCCGGCAAGUCAUUCCUGGUCUUGUAAAUGUAUCGGCUUUGACCACGCAUUAGGCUAGCGAAAAUGGCGAGUGAUUCCCGAAAAGGUAACAGUAUAAAUGAAAGCCUAAUACGAAUCGAAUUUUGAUUACAAGAUGAAAUCGCUUAUGGCCCAAGAGUUUUAAACUCCCUCCAAGUCCAAGCCAUAGAACCGGACGCAAUCACCUUAACAUCCGUUGAUCUGUAUUUUCACCAUUAAAUGCAAAAAAUGAAAAUCGAUGUAGUACUGCAGUUCUCUGAUGUCACAGGUUGAGUGAAUAAAUGAAUUCUAUUAAUGAA